AGUCCGUCCCAAGGCCUUACAGCCCCCGCAGAUCCAGAUGGCCGCGCCAGUGCGCGCUCGGCGCGCCGCGGCAGCAUGCCGCCGCCGCGCGCCUUCCCGCUGGCCGUCCCGCUGGCCAGCGCGUGGGGCGCCGCCCAGGAUCGGGCCCGUGCCCGUGUAUUUCUACGACGUCCCCGAGUGCGCGCGGGACGCGGUGCGCGGGCUGGUGCUCCACGGGGGUGCCCCGCCGGGCCCGCGGGGCCCGACGCAGCCCGAGUUGCUGCACUUGCGCGAGAUGCUGCAGCAGAUCUCCGCCGUGGAGAGCGGCACCUGGAGCGCACGCACCGCGUGGCGGACCCGGGCCGGGCGGCGCUGUUCCUCGUCCCCGCCUACUUCCCGCUCCUGUUCCCGGAGGGGGCGCACGGACUCCCCGGAGCGCGCGCCGCACCUCGCGUGCGUCCGCGAGACCGUGGGGGCCGUCGAGAGGUUGCCGUUCGUGUCGCGGCACAUGGGGUACGACCACGUCAUCUUGUACGGCUCGAAGAACAAAGAACGGCAGAAACAUACACUUUCGGCGGUCGGGUCCGCGCGGAUUUCUCGGAUCUGCGCCGGGACCCCCUGACCGCCGGUGCCGCCCUCGGCGCGCUCCGCGCGCCAGGGAACGGGGUCCAGCGCGGAUCAAAGAACUCCGCGCGGUCGCCCAAAGCUUGUGUUCAUGCCUUUGUUGGUUCCUCUCGCGGCUACGAGUACCCGCACUGGAAGAGGCUCCCCCACCUCCAGCUGGAGAAUUACAGCCCCCGGCUGGGCAACGCCCUGUUGCUGGCCGCGUCGCUCUGGAACCAGGGCCGGCGGGAGGCCCUCCUGGGGGGUGGCCUGCACCAGCUCGGCCGGGUGAUCGAGGUGCCCUACUUUGCCGCCUGGGACUGCAGGCGCGCGGAGGCCCUGCGGACGGCCGCCCGCGACGUGGCCGUGGCCUUCGUCGGCUCCCUGAAGCACCGCCCCCCGCACUUCGUCUUCCGCGAGCGGCUGCUCGUGUCCGCCGCGGCCCGCCGGCCCGCGCUGGCCAACGACACCCGCCUGUCGCUGGAGUUCUUCGCCGCGGACGACGAGUCGCGGCACGUCUUCGCGCGCGACUAGCGGGCAGGGAAGACCGAGAGUACCUCUAUUCCCGCUCUGACUUCUGUUUAGUAAUGCCAGGAGACGGGAACACUGCGGGACGAUUGUUCCACGUCAUCAUGGCACGGUGGCGGAUUCCUGUGCUUGCAUUUCAUCCAGAUUCUUACCCAGUUUUACCGUUCUCAAAUAUCAUCUCAUGGGAAGACUUCGUGUUCAUGAAUAGCGUGGGCAGCGAGGAGGAGGCAGCCACGAUGUUAUUCCGCCUUCUGUCGGUGCCGAUAGCCGAGCGCGAGCAGUACCGCCGAAAGGUCAUUCAACAUGCGCCGCUGCUCGCGUUGGUUGUGGAGGGGUGCGACGACAGAGCCACCACUGCACUGUCGCUGAUAUCCUCAGAGCUGGGCAGACGUUCACGCCACUUGCAGGAGGAGUUACUCCCUAGAGUAUUCGGUUUGAUGGCGCCUCCAGCAGAUUCAUCACACUGGCUGCGUUGGGGCCCAGCGCACAAUGUAGCAUGAUAUGCGUGCCCUGCGCGAGGGACAGGCCGUCGUAGUUUGUCUGGCGGCCAUCAUUGAUAGUAUGUCCGCGCGUGUUGAUAUCGGCUGGCGCAUCUCAAGCUGACCAUUCCAGAUCGAACAGUAGUCUGGAGUAGAUUGCGAUGCGCAACCGUCCCUUUCAAAGAACAGCA